AAAGAGGGAACAGAUGAAGUACAAACUGAGUUACGCUUCAUGGGCAUUACCACUCCAAAGAAGUUUUGUCAGAUGGGGAAACAAAACUCAAAAUGUAAUGUAAAAAGUGAACUAGCCGUAUGAAGAUGGAACAAUCGGUUUAAAAUCGGGCCAAGUAUUCCCAAUCAGCAUGAAUGUAAAAGAAGAGUUGGAGGAGGGUGCGAAGGAAGAGUCUGUUAGAGAUCCAAUGGGAAUAUCUUGGUCCACUGAUUUUAUCAAGGAGGACCCUGAACUAAAUUUGGAAAUGAAUGUAACAGAGAAUAUUGUGGAAACCUCAACAAGAUACCCAUCUGAUAGUGCAAGAUUGACUCAGAGUACUGGUGGGAGGUGUGGCAUAUGUGAAGAAACGUGUCACCAUCAACUGGUCCAGGAUGAAUUUGUGAUAGAUAUGGAGAAGUCAACACAAGAGUUUGGUACGCAUACAGGAGAUGUGACUGUUGAUAGUGAAUGCUCAGUUGCUACCCAAUAUGACUGUAGUGCGAGGGAAAAGGAAUUACAUGUAUAUAGCUGUAAUUUCUGCCAACAGGGCUUUCCUUCAAAAUACAGACUCAUAAAGCAUGUGUUUAUGCACAUUGAUGGCAUGCAACCACCUUUGUAUGUUUGUAAGUGGUGUUGUGAGAUAUUUGACAGUAAAUUUAGUUUGAAAAAACAUCUGAGAAUGAGUGAGAAUUAUCACGUCUUAACUGCUGGCAUCCAUGAAAAAUAUGGCUAUAGUGAUGAGCAUCAAAGCAGUAUCCUUUUGGAUAGUUUGCCAGAAGUUUCUGUUACAGAACACAAUGUGUGGUCUUCAUACAAGGAAACUUGGAAACCUUCAAAGAAGUCCUCUAAUGACAUGUGUAACACACCUAUGGGAAAUGAUGCUGACAAAAUAAGUGACUAUGGAACUUUGUCUACAGCUGUUAAUGUCAGGACCCAGGGUGAUCUACUUACUGCAGACAGCAUGCACAAAUGUGGUAUUUGUGGCAAAUUGUGUGGUAGGUCAGGUCAUCCCAAGAGAGAGAAAUUACUUGACAGUGGAAAGAAACCCCACAAAUGUGAGAUUCGUGGGGAAUCGUUUUCUCAGUCAGGUCAUCUCAAGGCAGAGGAAUUAAUUCGCACUGGAAAGAAACGUCACAAAUGUAAGAUUUGUGGGAGAUGUUUUGCUAGGUCGAACCAUCUCAAGAGACACGAAUUAAUUCACACUAGAAACAAACCUCACAAAUGUGUGAUUUGUGACAAAUCGUUUGCCCAGUCAGGGAAUCUCAAGACUCACAACUUAAUUCACACUGGAAAGAAACCUCACAAAUGUGAGAUUUGUGGGAACUCUUUUACUAGGGCAGAUUAUCUCGAGACUCACAUUUUAAUUCACACUGGGAAGAAACCUCACAAAUGUAAGAGUUGUGGGAGAUGUUUUGCUAGGUCCAGCAGUCUCAAGAGACACGAAUUAAUUCACACUGAAAACAUACCUCACAAAUGUGUGAUUUGUGGCAAAUCGUUUGCCCAGUCAGGUUAUCUGAAGAAUCACAAAUUAAUUCACACUGGAAAGAAACCUCACAAAUGUGAGAUUUGUGGGAAAUCUUUUCGUAUGUCAGAUAGUCUCAAGAGACACAAAUUAGUUCACACUGGAAAGAAGCCUCAUAAAUGUGAGAUUUGUGGCAAAUCUUUUGCUAGGUCAGAGUAUCUCAAGAAACACUUAUUAAGUCACACUGGAAAGAAACCUCGCAAAUGUGUGAUUUGUGACAAAUCGUUUGCCCAGUCAGGUAAUCUGAAGACUCAGAAAUUAAUUCACACUGGAAACAAACCUCACAAAUGUGAGAUUUGUGGGAGAUGUUUUGCUUUGUCAGGUUAUCUCAAGAAACAUGUAUUUCUUCACACUGGGAAGAAACCUUACAAAUGUAAUAUUUGUGGGAAAUCCUUUGCUGUGUUGAAUGCUCUCAAGAGGCACACAUUAAUUCACACUGGAAAGAAAUCCCAUGAAUGCGAUAUUUGUGGGAAGUCUUUUGCUAGGGCUUAUCUCAAGACUCACAUUUUAAUUCACACUGGGAAGAAACCUCACAAAUGUAAGAGUUGUGGGAGAUGUUUUGCUAGGUCCAGCGAUCUCAAGAGACACGAAUUAAUUCACACUGGAAACAAACCUCACUAAUGUGAGAUUUGUGGGAGAUGUUUUGCUUCCACUGGGAAGAAACCUUACAAAUGUAAUAUUUGUGGGAAAUCCUUUGCUUUGUUGAAUGCUCUCAAGAGGCACACAUUAAUUCACACUGGAAAGAAAUCCCACGAAUGCGAUAUUUGUGGGAAGUCUUUUGCUAGGGCAGGCAAUCUCAAGGCCCAACAUUAAUUCACAUUGGAGAGUAACCUUACAAAUGUGAGAUUUGUGGGAAAUCUUGUGCUGUAUCCAGCAUUCUCAAAACACAUGCAUUAAUUCACAUUAGAAAGUAACCUCACAGAUGUGAGAUUAGUGGGAAAUCAUUUGCUAUGUCAGGCGAUCUCAAGACACAUGCAUUGGAACACAUUGGAAGGUGACUUCACAAAUGUUAUGUCUGUGACAAAAGUUUCACUAAAUUGGGUACUCUCAAGACAGAUGCAUUAAUUCACAUCAGAAAGAAACUACAAGUAAGUGUUGGUUUACACAAAUAGGUUUUCCUGGUUUGUGCCCUCAAGGCCUAUAAAGUAAUGGAUGUAACAGGGGACAAUAAAUUGCAGUUCCUGCGAAAUAAUAUUAAAAUGUGGUAGAAUUGUGGAAAAAAAUGAGCAAUGAUGUGUACUAUAGAGUGGUAUAAGAUAAUGUGACAAUAUAAAAAUCCAUAUCUACAGAUUGUGAUGUCAAGAACUUGUAUUACUAAAUACUCCAGAGACAUGAAUCAAAUCUGUUUUUGUCAUUAACACUGCUGCUCUUUCCUAUCGAUCUUGAGACAAGAAGAUUGUGAAUUGUGAUAAAUCCUUACCUUCGUCAGUAAUCAUAAGUACAAUGCAAUAUUCAGUAUAAGGCCAAGGAAAUGUGAUGACUUGCUGCUUAAUAUUCCAGACAUAGUCAUUAUGUAGUACUCAUAACUGCACUUUAGAAACAAUGUUAUCAAAAAUAUAUCCAUGGCACUUCCUGCACAAAGACUAGUAAACUCAACACUGGAGAAACGUGAUUAUGGCAUUAUUUAACUAAUGUAUGUUUUCUCAAGAGAUCUGCUGUGUGUGUCAUUAAUAGUGUGUACAUGUAUGUUUUGUUCAUAUUAACCCUGCAUUUGUAAACGUAACAACAAAUAUAACAAUCAACUUAAUAGCAUGUUUGUCCACUUUUGGAAUACAUGAUAUGGACUUGACAUGUCGUUUUCAUAUUUCUGGAUGUAUGUCGCACUAGUUGUACUGCACACAUUCAGAUCAGCUAAAUGGUGUGGUUGAGACAUAACUGUUAGUUACCAUGCUACUCAGACCACUGUGUAGUCGUUCUUUACAUGUGACAGUUACCUGCUGAAAGGUGCCUUCACUGUGGGAGAGCACAUCAGUCAUGAAGGAAUGUAUGUAGUUGCUAUAAAGGUGACAUAGUCUGCAACUGUCAUGAUGCCUUCACUUAUUACCAGAUGUCCCAAAGGAGCCAAUGUGACUUGCCCCAUAGCAUAACGGGCCCUCGAUCUGAUGCCAUUCACCUACAUGACUGCAUAUCUGGAUGUGGCAUCUCACCUGGUGUAACAAGAAAUGUCACACGUCCUGACAGUUGGCAGUUGUCAUUAGCAUUGACCUUCAUUCCAGCAUCAAUGAUCCCUUGUGCAAUGCAGUUGCAAUUGAAAAAUUUGGUGGGUUAGUAUGGAAACAUACAGAGACCAUAUGUUGUGGAGCCCUAUGUUCAAAAAUGUACACUGAAUUGUGUGUUUUAAAAUGUGUAUUGCCUCUCCAGCAUUAUUUUCUGUCAUCAGAUAUGUCUCAUAUUGCCACGUUUCCAGCUUUACAGAGCAGACAAGCCUCUGAUCUCCAAGAUUUGUAAUGAGGUAUAGAUGUGUUACAUCUUUUCAUAAGGUUAUGGAUUUAUCAUCUUUCAACCACUUUCUUUGGAUGUUCACAACAGUAGCAUAGGUCCAGCCAACCAGCUUCACCACUUUUGAGGUGCUAGUUCCCAACUGCAAUACCACUGUAGCCGGUCCUUUGCUAAAGUCACUUACGUCAUUGGAUUUACAUGUUCACAACCUAUCUAAUUGGUAGAACAAUUCCUUCUUAAUCUCUGAUCUGCUAUACAUGUAAUCUGCUUACUGCAUCAUUAGUGUACAACAUGGCAUUCAUUCUCCUCACAGGCAGUGUUCAUGAUAUUUUUGCUCAUCAAUGCAUCUUCAUGUAAAUGGGUCAGAUGGGAAAAUGUGUAAUCUAACAAAAUCAUUGUGCUUGGUUACCAUUUACACCAGUGCACAAUAGCUAUAUUUUUUUGUGAAAUUUUUUUGUUUCACAAAGCUCUGUACAUAAUUCAGAGAUAUUGUAGAUAAGUGUUAUGCACCAAAGUUCUUAAUUCUUUGUUAAGCAUUUAAUACUGUGUAAGGUACAUGCAAGAAUAACACUUUGGAGAGCUGAGAA